GUGGUUCUGCUAAUCUAACCUGCAGAGCUUUCUUUGGGUAUAGUGGAGAUGUCAGUCCUUUAAUCUACUGGAUGAAAGGGGAGAAGUUUAUUGAAGAUUUGGAUGAUAGUCGAGUCUGGGAAAGUGACAUGAGGAUUCUCAAGGAACAUCUUGGGGAACAGGAGGUUUCCAUCUCGUUGAUUCUUGACUCUGUGGAAGAGGCAGACCUGGGUAAUUACUCGUGUUAUGUCGAGAAUGGGAAUGGACGCCGACAUGCCAGUAUUCUCCUACAUAAAAGGGAGCUGAUGUACACAGUUGAGCUUGCUGGUGGGCUUGGUGCUAUUCUGCUGCUGCUUGUUUGUUUAGUGACUAUCUACAAGUGUUACAAGAUAGAGAUUAUGCUCUUCUACAGGAAUCAUUUUGGAGCUGAGGAACUAGAUGGAGACAACAAAGACUAUGAUGCAUAUCUUUCUUAUACCAAAGUGGAUCCUGAUCAGUGGAAUCAAGAAACUGGAGAGGAAGAAAGAUUUGCUCUUGAGAUCCUACCAGAUAUGCUUGAAAAGCAUUAUGGAUACAAAUUGUUCAUACCAGACAGGGAUUUGAUUCCCACAGGAACCUACAUUGAAGACGUGGCGAGAUGUGUAGACCAAAGCAAGCGACUGAUCAUCGUCAUGACUCCAAAUUAUGUGGUAAGAAGAGGCUGGAGCAUCUUUGAACUGGAAACAAGGCUUCGAAACAUGUUAGUCACAGGCGAAAUCAAAGUGAUACUGAUUGAAUGCAGUGAACUUCGAGGAGUUAUGAACUACCAGGAGGUCGAGGCCCUGAAACAUACCAUUAAGCUCCUCACUGUCAUUAAAUGGCACGGACCAAAAUGCAACAAGUUGAAUUCCAAGUUCUGGAAACGUUUACAGUACGAAAUGCCUUUUAAGAGGAUUGAACCCAUCACACACGAGCAGGUUUUGGAUGUCAGUGAGCAGGGGCCCUUCGGGGAACUGCAGACAGUCUCCGCAAUUUCCAUGGCUGCUGCCACCUCCACUGCUCUUGCCACUGCCCAUCCAGACCUGCGCUCCACUUUCCACAACACAUAUCACUCGCAGAUGCGCCAGAAACACUAUUACCGAAGCUACGAGUACGACGUACCUCCUGCCGGCACCCUGCCGCUUACCUCACUAGGGAACCAGCACACCUACUGCAACAUCCCCAUGACACUUAUAAACGGGCAGCGGCCACAGACAAAAACUAACAGGGAGCAGAACCCGGAAGAGGCUCACACAAACAGUGCGUUACUGCCCCUCCUGCCACGGGAGACCAGUAUAUCCAGUGUCAUUUGGUGA